ACACAUCCACCCUACCGUUGCCGGGGAGCAUGCAACCGUGCAGGCGUGUACGGCGUCUCCGCCUUCUUUACCUUUACCUUUCUCUCGUUGUCCUCGCCAUGACGUAUGUGGUCAGCCCAGUGGCGGGCGUGGCUUGCACCAACGAGCUUCAUACUUCCGCCAAUGGACAAGUCUCCGGCACAGUCACCCACACCGGUGGCUACGACAACAAUCAAGUCUGCACGUACACCUUUGAUUAUCUCCAUGGUGGCGUGGAGUUGACAUGGACCGCGUUUGAUCUGGAGUCUGGCUUUGACUACAUUCGCAUCUGGGGCGGCGAUACCACAGCAGACCCGGCAUCGCCAUCCGCUGUCCUCCUCGUUACCAUGACCGAUGGCGCAGAGAGCUACGUCGGUCAGACCAUGUUCUUUGACUAUCCUCAGCUGGUUGUCGAGUUUGACUCGGAUGACGCCACAACUGGUGAUGGCUUUGCCUUUACCUGGGUGAGGAGCCUCUCCACAGGCGCAUCGCCCGUCACCCCGCCGCCACCGCUCGCCACCCCGCACUGUGUAUACGCUCCGACUGGUACGCCCAGCUUGGAAAUAUCGGGCGACAAGAGCGUCGAGAUGUGGGUCCACGAGCUCGAUCUCUCCUACUGGUGGUCGUACUUUGACUUUCGGACGGCUACGGACCAAAUCCGCGUCCGCCUUGUUCCUGACGCCGCGCCCGACGGCCAGUCGUCCGGUGCGCUCGCCGACAGGGCCCUGUCGUUCUCCACAGACAUCAGUGGCCGCAUCGUGUACGAGGGCGACCCUCCGGAUGGAACUAUCCUCACAGGUGUCGACAUACACCUUGCCGGCACCUACGACGACAGCGCGGACAUGUGGAAGAUCUACAUUGAUGGUGUCCAGGUCUCCGCCUACAUUGCUGAAAGCAGUCCACUCUUUGGCAUCGAAGCGAGUUCGGCCGACGCACCAGCGGGCCUCCGCUUCUUUACCUCGCCCACCGGACGGACCUGGGACGUCCGCGUCUGGGACUACGAGCUCUCGGCAACCGAAAUCGCCUUGCGCCGCUUCUCCACCCUCACUGGGUGUGAGUCGGGCCUUGUCGGCCUCUUCCGCCUUGACGGUGUCUCCGAUCCCUCCAACCAGGCUCAGCUCGGUUGUGGCGGGAGCCCUGGUGCGGGCAUCUGCAAGCAAGGCUAUCGUACUCCGGCCGUCACCCACACCACGGUUGUCCACCCGGUCACUUGCGCCGACGGCUACGUCGAGGGCGCUGAGGCAUGUGACGACGGCAACACUGACGCCGGCGACGGCUGCUCGCCGACUUGCACUCUCGAGCCGGGCUGGUCGUGCUCCGGCCUUGCUCCCUCGCUCGAGCCCGGCUACGCCUGUCUCACCCCGGGUGCGCCCUGCACCACCUGCGCUCAUCCCAACGGCAUGGACUGCGCUGGCACCUGCGACGGCAACGCCAUCCUCGACACAUGCAACGUCUGUUCCGGCGGCGUCACCAGCCGCCCGCCGAAUGCCGAUCGUGACGAUUGUGGUGUGUGCUUUGGCGAAAACGCCGCCAAGGACGACUGCGGUGUCUGCUUCGGCGCCAACGUUCACAAGGACGACUGUAGUGUCUGCUUUGGCACCAACACUACCUGCGCCGGCUGCGACGGCAUUCCCAACUCGGGCCUCGUUCGCGAUGUAUGCGGUGUGUGCGACGGCGACGGAUCAACCUGUCUCGGCUGCGACGGCAUUCCGAUUCCCUCGGGUGGCGCUCAUUUCGACGCAUGUGGCGAUUGCGGCGGCAACGCCACUGUGUGCUACGUCGGUUGCGACGGCGUCUACGGCUCGGGCAUCCACUACGACUGCCACGGCGUGUGCGGCGGCAACGCCACCGUCGACAAUUGCGGCAUGUGCGCCGGCGGCAACGUCUCAACUCCGCUCCCGUACAACUACCAUCUCGACUCGUGCGGCGUGUGUUUUGGCCAGGAUCUGACGUGCACAACCUGCGCGUCGGGGAUUCUCGACGCUUGCGGCGUGUGCGACGGUGACAACUCGACGUGCGUCGGCUGCGAUGGGAUUCGAGUGUCCGACGGCGGCGCGCUAUUUGAUCUCUGCGGCGUCUGUGGUGGUGAUGGCACGUCGUGCAUCAUGGGCUGCGACGGAGUCCUCGGCUCGUCUGCUAUCUACGACUGCGUCGGAGUCUGCGCGGGAUCCGCCGCCCUCGACGACUGCAACUCAUGCACCGGAGGCACCUCGCUCAUCCCCACCGCCAACUUUUCAAGGACGACUGUGGGAUGUGCUUCCGCGGCAAUGUCGAUCGCGACUCUUGCGGCGUCUGCUUUGGCGGCGACUCCGAUCGACGACUGCGGCGUUUGCUUUGGCUCCAACCUCGCCAAGGACGACUGCGCCGUCUGCUACGGCAACAACAGCGCAUGUGUCGGAUGUGAUGGCAUUCCCAACUCAGGCCUGGUCCUCGACCCGUGUGGCGAGUGCGUCUCGCCAGAGGCGCAGUGUCUCGGCGGGCGCGCCGCGUCGCAGGCUUCGCGACUGACCCCGACCCUCGGCAUGGCCAUGGGUGGCUCGUUCAUGGUCCUCUGCCUAGUUCUCCUCGCUGCCCUCAUCCUCACCUACCGCCGGCGGAAGCGGGCGUCGGUGAUUGCCUACCAGGCGACGCUUGCCCGCAAGGCGCCGCAAGGUGCUGUCUUUAUCAUGUCGACCGACAUUCAGGACUCAACCAUGCUGUGGGAGACAUGCCCUGAGGAGAUGAUCUACGUUCUCGACACUCACAACGCCAUCAUGCGCGGAGCUAUCGAGAACAACGCCGGCUACGAGUUCAAGACCGAGGGCGACGCCUUUUUCGCUGCCUUUGCCACCGUCGCCGACGCUCUUCGCUGCUGCACUGCCGCCCAGGAACGCCUUUAUGCCGCAACCUGGCCGGACUGGCUCCUCAACGCACUGCCGGAUAGCGACGCCAAGCUGUGGAACGGGCCGCGCGUCCGCAUUGGCAUCCACUACGGCAACGUCUCGUCCACCUUUGACGCUCGUGCUGGACGGACGCAAUACUUUGGCGGAAUGGUCAACCUCGCGACGCUCGUAUCAGACCUCGGCUUUGGCGGCCAGAUCACCGUCUCGCGUCCGGUCAUCGACGCCCUCGCCUCUGCCUGCGCCGCCGACCAAGCUACUGCGCUCGGUUCGUCACUGUCGAUACAGGUCACGCCGCUUGCGCAUGUCACCUUUGACGCGGUCGCCGGUACAGUCGAAGUCUGGGAGGUGCUCCCAAUGGCGCUUGGCGGACGCGCCCAGGAGUUUGGCAUGGAGAGGAUAGAGCGAAUUGCGACAACGGCGCGGCCCGUUCCACCAGAGGUGCUGGAGGGGGUGCUGCCGGCCGUCAUUGAGCGCGGCCCGCUCAUGACUGAGCGUGGCUCGAAGACUGACCGCGACGAGCCGAGCGGGCGUGGAUUGAGUGCGUCGGCGCGCGAGUCGUCUCCAGACCUGCUCACCAAGCUCACGCUUGAGGCCGCGGCCCGGUCCGACGCCGCGCCGGUCCGGACCGGCCUCUCCACGCGAACGAUGGCGCGGCGCGAGGUGACAACCGCCAGCCGGAGUAAGAUCGUGCAGACUGCCGGCUCGGCGUUUGCAGACACCGUCCUCGGCACCUCAUCGCGCAAGGCCCGUGUCGCCUCCCUCUCCACCCACACCACCCGCCGUCGGAAUUCGAUCCGCCGCAUGCGCCGCUCACCGUCGUUCCGCGCUCCGAGCCUGCGCUCGCCUUCGCUCUCGCCGUCGCAUUCGGUCGACAUGCUUUCCAGCUCCAUCGAGUCGGCCUCGCGCGCUUCUACCACCACCCGCCCACCACCGCGCGCUGGUACCCCGAUGACCGCCUCGCUCUCGGCGCUCACCACCGACCUCCAGUCCGCACACUCAUCGCCGCGCCGCCGCUCAUGCGCAGCUGCUCCCGCCCCGCGCUCGCGCCGCAAGCUCGUCGCUCACCUCCACGCCCGCUCCCGCUCCCGCUCUGCGAAGCAGACCUUGCGCCGCAACAUGACCGUGAGCGACAUUGCCUCAGCUUCCCGCGCCUCACACGCCCAAUCGCUACCGGUCGUGGUCGAGGAGCUAUCACUUGAUGACAGCGACGCCGUCUCAUCCACCCUAGGCAACGGCGCCACAAGUAACCUUGAGUGCCGCUGCAGCGACAGCAGCAGCCCGUCCGACAGCAGCCCAUCCACACAGAGGCCCAUCGCCACCCAGUCGCUCUUUACCCUUAGCUUGAGGCCCAACUCGAACAAUCGAUCAAGCCAUGGCUAAAUCCCUAGACCCGAUCGCUUCAACACACCCGUUUCUUCA